AUGGACGGCAUCCAUGAUUUUGAUAUAAUAGAUGUGGAGUUGGAUGCAUACUUCAAAAAGAAACAAGCUUCCCGAUGCAAAGACGAAUUUCUAAAUAUUCUAUGUGAAGAAGACGAUUACGAGGCAGUAGAUGAUGCUCAAACUAAAAAUCAUGCUCAAACUGAUAAUGAUGCUAAAUCUAGAAACGAUGCUCAAAGUGGAAUCAUUAAAGAAGAAUCAGAUGAAGAUUAUCUAGAAUGUAGUAACGAGGAAGAUAGUGAUGAGGAAUUUGAGUAUUCCACCCACAAUCCAAACGUGAAAUGGAACAAAAUGAGACCAACAUUUGGUGAAAGUAUUAGACUAGUGGCAAUAUGUGGAAGUGAUCCAGAGAAGUGUCCAUUUGUGGUUAGGGCUUCUUGGAUGAGUACUGAAAGGUCUUUCCAAGUCAAAAAGAUGAUAGACAUUCAUAAAUGUGUUAGGACUUUUAACACUUCAAGGCUUAUGGAUCCUACCUGGUUAGCUAGGAAAUUUGUGAAGGAGUUGAUUAGGAAACCUAAUUUAAAUUGCAAAGAGAUGCAGGGUCUUGUUGAAGCUAGUAAGGAUAUUCUACCAUAUUUUGAGCACAGGAAAUGUGCAAGGCAUAUUUAUGCCCAUUUCAGAAAAGUUUAUAGUGGAGUGCAGCUCAUAAACAAGUUUUGGGCAGCUAUAAAAUGUACCACAGUAGGAGAUUUCAUGUUUAAUAUGGAAAGGAUUAGAGCAAUAAGUUAUGCUGAUUAUGAUCAUCUCAUGGCAAGGGAACCAACUUCAUGGUGUAGGGUUUAUUUCUCUACUGCCAUGGCUUGUGAGGCUGUAGAGAAUGAGAUUGCUGAGUGUUUCAAUACAAUCAUUGUAGACGCAAGAAAGAAACCUUUACUAACUAUGCUUGAAUAG